UUUCGAGUCGUAAAUUAUCAUUGUGGUAUUUCGUUGUUUUGCAUUCCAUUUACUAAGAAUUUAUCACUUGUGAUGAAUAUUUGUGACAAUUACGAUUAAUGAUGUCCAAUUGGCAACGGAUAUUUUGUUGGGCAUCGCUGAGUUGAUAAACAAAGAAAGUCAAAACUAUGAUUAUAUAAGUACGUCAACGCCAUAUGAUGAAUAUAUCUACUCCGUGCACCAGGAAGCAAUUUGAUGUUAGCGAAUGGCUUACUAAUGAUGUAAAACUGCCACAAUAUGUCAAUGCUUUUCUUCAGAACGGAUUUGAAUUACCAUUAGAGUGCUCUCGUAUCGAUGAAAAGGUGUUAAAUGCUUUGGGGAUCGACAAAAUUGGUCAUCGAAAGCGACUACUUGUGUCGUGUCAAAGGCUUGCAGAAAAGUACGGUUUGAAUUGUUCAAUAGAACAACAUAAAACAAACGAUGUACUUGAGAAAAGUCAAGUGAAAGGAAAAUACAACAGUAUAGGUUUCAAUCAAGUGAAUGACGAAGAUAUUCCUCCGAUACUGCCACCGAAAAAAGGAAAAAGAUUGAAGCCUGUACCUACUCCUCGAGAUAUGGAUGGAAAUGUACAAGUAUUUGAUGAUAAUACCACAGUCAAUAACAGUGGAAACUUUUCAUCUUCUUCACCGAACCUAAAUAGUUCUAAAAUUGGAGAAGUAACCAUCAUCCAGAAAUCUCAUUUAAGUAAUCCUGUUGAUAAAAAUGAAAGGAUUAGAAGCGAAGAUCCCCACUCACCUGGUUUUUCUCCCGAGGAAAAAAUCAGUAGCUAUGAACACUUGUGGCAAGCAGACGAGGGAAAGCCACCUCAUAACAGCUCUGCCAUACCCUUUCCUGUGACAACCCCUGAAGGUCAGAAAAAUACUUUAGAUGAGGAUAACAGUUCAAGCUUAAAGAAUAUGCCAAAUGCUCAAUACGAGGACAGAAAAAAUGAAAACAGUACACAAUAUGAAAAUAUUUCGACUUCUAGUGGAGUAAAGUUUGCACCAGCUAUUCCACCACGAUCAGACCUUGAAGAGGAUAUCUAUGCUAAUGUAACUAUUGUGACUUCUCAAGAAAGAAAAAUACCUCCUUGCAAGCCACCUCGACCAUCUAAGCCAGUUUUUGUUACAUCAUCAUCGUCAUCCACUGAAACAUCUAUAACGAUGAGUCGUAAGAGUGCUAGCAGUACUGAUCUAGUUAGGAACACCACAGAUACCCCCACGAAUGAUGAAGUGAUAGAAGCUGUUCCAGUGCCAAAUCGUCCACCAUCAGCAGAUAGUGCUUUUGCUAAUUCAAAUCAACUUCUUAAAGUGACUUUGCGACCAUCACAUUCUGAAACAAAAGAAAAUGCUUGCAACAGGAGACCUCAACCUGUUCCGAGAAGUCGAACAUUAUCAGGUCAAAAUAGAAAUGAUGAAAAUCUUUAUGAAACAAUUCCAGACAAAGUGCCUCGAUCCAGCUCUGUUGCUACUGGUGCUCAAGAAUUUUCGGGUCAUUUGCAUGACAAUGGCAGUUGCACUGAAGAUGAUUUGUCUGGAAGUGAUGAAGAAAUGCCAGACAAAGAUGUCUCCUCUGAAUAUGAGAUUGUCAGCUUACCACCUAGAACUCACAGUAUGAUUCAGAACCGUCACACAACAAAAGAAGGAUAUCUUUACAAGCAAGGAGGGCAGCAAAACAACAAAGGCUGGAAAAAAAGAUGGGUGGUUUUCGAUGGCCAAGAGCUUCGAUAUUACAAGGAUAAGGAUCACACUGACGAAACCCUUCAAGUCGUUCCAGUUGCAAUAAUGAAGGAAGUUGCAAUUGUUACCGAUGAUGCCAAACGAGCAAGAUUCGAUUUAUUUUGCGCUGGUAGAACGUACAUGUUUGCACGAGAGACAGACGAGUGGGAUGUUAUUCAAGUGUGGGCGCAAUGUCUCAUGGGAGCAAUCAUUCAAGUUCGAAAACAAGAUCAAACGAAUGUUACACAACCACCUGGUGGAAAUAUGUUUGAAUCAGAUAAAAAGGGAUAUCUUAAAAAGCAAAUGAACACUGUCGUUGGGGAUUUCAGAAAGAGAUACGUUGCUGUGAAAGAUGAGAUGUUUGCAUACUACCACAAUUCUGAGGACUUUCUCGUUGCAAGCCCAAUUAAUACAAUCGAGAUGAAAUUCGCCAAAGUGAAAGUCGACCCGAGAACCCCGAAUCGGUUUCAACUAAUAACCAGUCGCAGAACUUACCUGUUCCAGUGCGACGAUGAGAACGAGAUGCGGCAAUGGGUCGCUGCUUUAGAAAAAUCUAUACAACUGGGUCUGGGGGAUAAAACGGUACUCAAUAAAAUAAGGGAAAAUCCUAGCAACAGAAGAUGCGCUGAUUGCGGAGCCAAAGAUCCUGUUUGGGCAUCAGUCAAUCUUUUGGUGUGUGUAUGCGAGAACUGUAUUGGCGUGCAUCGACGUUUGGGCGUUCACGUAUCAAAAGCAAAAUCAAUUUUAAUGGAUGUAAAAGUUUGGACUCCUUCUCUUGUGAAGCUCUUUGUGAAUGUUGGAAAUGAAGUAUCAAAUCGAUUUUGGCAGCACAAAUUACCUGAAGACGAUGCAAUCACACCGAAUUGUUCGAGUGAAGCAAGAGAAGAGUUUAUUCGUAAGAAGUAUGAGCGACGACUGUACCGUAACGUUUCACCAUUCUAUGGCGACCCCGAUGCUCUUCGAAACGAGUUAAAAGCUGCUGUUUGUACAAACGACGUUGGAAAAACGAUGCUACUCGUUUUUUGCGGUGCAGAUGUUAAAAAUGAAUUUAACGGUGGCUUAGAUACUGAAACUCCGUAUGAUUUUGCCCGGGCAGCUGGACAAGAACUUCAAAUGGAAUUUCUCCUGCAGAACGGAGCAGUCACAAAAGAACCUGAACCUGCGAAUCAUGAAUAUGCUAGCAUCUAUGAGCUGCCUGAAAAGAACGACGUUUUCCAUGAUGCCAGCAGCCCUUCGUUCCAGGAAAAAAGUUUAGUUCCGUAUGAAAAAGAAGGUUACCUGUAUAAGAAACCGCCAAAUACAGCUUCAGUCUGGCGUAAACGUUACUUCAUGUUAGCAGGUCGUGAGCUCUGGUAUGAUAAAGAUAAAGGCGAAGAGUUUGGGCUGAUCAAACUAAAAGACGUCGAAGAUUACGUUUAUAACGACUCUUUAACGUUGGAUAUUAUUACCAAUGAAAGGACAUACUAUUUGAGGGCAGAAACGAAGUCCGAAGCGCAUGAAUGGUACAUUGCUUUGCGUAAUAAACAGGUUUUUCAAGUUUCCUUGUCUUGUCAAGAGCUUGGUUCAGAUGGCAUACCUCAUUUGGUCGCGAAAGCAUUGCAGUUUGUUGAAGCUCAUGGUCUUGAUGCUGAAGGCAUAUAUCGAAAAAAUGGCAACAAAGCAAAAAUUCGAGUGCUACGAAAGCUUUUUAAUCAAGACGCUGAGACUGUGAUCAUAUUAAGAGAAGAAUAUGAAGCGCACGAUGUUGCUGGACUUUUGAAGGAAUAUUUUCGUGAAUUACCUGAUCCACUAAUGACUGAAGAUGCUUAUGCUCACUUCAUUACUGCAAGUUUGUCGCCAGUUCAUGAAAAAAAACUACGCAUGUACAAGGAUAGUCUCGGACGUUUACCAGAGGUAAAUCGCACGACGCUGAAAUCUGUGAUAAACCAUCUUGUGAGAGUUUGUGCGAGGAAAGAGCAAAACCUUAUGAAAUUGGAGAAUGUCUCUCUCAUUUUUGGGCCUACGCUGAUGUCAAAUGAAGAAAUGGGUAGCAUGGAUUCUGCAACAAUCAACCAAGAAUUCGCCGUCAUUGCCGAUCUAAUUACAUAUUAUGAAUGGCUCUUUGAUGUCAGUCACACAGAAAGAAACAAAGAUAAGAAAAUUGAAGAAGCGAUGCUGAAAUUGAAUAAAUUGUCAUCAAAACCGGACCUACUCAACUUUUCCGACAUGAAUUUGGAUAUUUAUCCGCUUGAUAUCAAGAAUGAAUGUGUUGGAAUAAAGGUUUAUCCCCAUACGACGGCCGGUAAGUUAUGUCAAGAGAUCGCUUUUAGAAGAGGUAUGCCUCCCGAUGUAAACUGGGCUUUAUUUCAGAAUGUGGACGGAGAAAUAGAGAGAGCGUUUCCAGCGAUGGAGAAGAUCCUUAGCACUGUUAUUCAUACUGGAAAAUACAGUCAACUGGUGAAGGGAUCCCAUUUGGUCGUCAAGGAAAACUACGUUAUACCGAAAUUAGAGAGCUUUGCGCUGGAAAAUGAUAAGUCUGGGUAUAUAUCAGGUAUUUUUGCAACUAUGAAGGAAUCAAAAAAAAGUUGGAAAAAGAAUUUUGUUAAACUGGAUGGAACAUUUUUGACUGUGCAGAAGAAUGCCAAGGGCGGCGAACUCGAUAAAUGGCCUGUUGCAGAGACGGAUUUAUACAUUGGUGUGGAUCGUGUCAAGAAACCACCAACAGCAAUGGGUUUUACCAUUGCUAGAUUGACUACGGAAAAUCAUUGCUGUUACAGAUAUAUUUGCCUGGAAGAUGAACGGGAUCUCUAUCGAUGGAUAAAUAUAUUUUUAAAAUCAAAGUAUUCUGGAGUAGAUGAUCUUUGGAAAGAUCCAGACGUACAACCAACAGCACUCUACGAGGAAGCUUCUGUAAUACCUUUGAUGCCUCGUCAGAGUGGGCAAAAUCGACAAAGUGUUCCUGGCUUUUCAACAAAAGUUGUGAAUGAACUGAAACAGAGACAUUCUAGUAGCUCUUCUAAGAAAUCUUAGGGAAUUUUGAAUCAAUUCGUUUUAGUUUGAGUAGUGGUGCAGUAGUCUUGACACAUCGCUUUGUAAAAUGUAAUGUUUGUUGUGGUUUUAACAAAGUAGUGUACAUUAUUUAACGAAAGGAUAAAGCAAAAGGAUAAACUGUCAUCUGUCGUUUUGAAGAUAACGGUAUAUGUUGCAUUGAGGGUCACAAAAAGUCACCGUUGAAUGUCGAUCACCAGCAAGCUGCUAACUUUUUUCAAGUUUCUGGAGAUGUGGAGGGACUUCAGUUAUCAAAAUUCUUAAAAUUUGACGAUUCUAUCGAUAAUAAUAAAUCUGUCUGUUGUAUUUUUAUAACUAAUUAAAUGAGUACUGGUAAUGUUUAGAAAUGGGCGUGGCAGGAUUAGAACAAACCGACUAAACCCUAUUGUUAAUAUAGUAAUAGUAUAAUUGUAUUGAUAGUUCCAAUGGUUUGAACAUUAAAUCAUUUCAACAUUUGA